GUCCACCCGGGAGUUGUAGUUCUUGGAGCUCGGGUGGGAACACCGGGAAGGACCAGUGGUCCGAGGCCAGGAGCGGCAGUUGUGCUUGGUCGCUGUCGCUGGCACCAUGUCCCGCGUGUCCGUGCCCUGCCAUGUGAAAGGCACCGUGGCCCUGCAGGUGGGCGACGUGCGGACCUCCCAAGGCCGGCCUGGCGUGCUGGUCAUCGAUGUCACCUUCCCCAGCGUCGCGCCCUUCGAGUUGCAGGAGAUCAUGUUUAAGAAUUACUACACAGCCUUUCUGAGCAUCCGUGUUCGCCAGCACACCUCGAUGCACACACCGGCCAAGUGGGUAACCUGCCUGCGGGACUACUGCCUGAUGCCUGAUCCACACAGUGAGGAGGGAGCCCAGGAGUAUGUAUCGCUGUUCAAGCACCAGAUGCUGUGUGAUAUGGCCAGAGUACUGGAGCUGCGCCUGAUUCUGCGACAGCCAUCGCCACUGUGGCUGUCUUUCACAGUGGAGGAGCUGCAGAUCUACCAGCAAGGACCCAAGAGCCCCUCCAUGACCUUCCCCAAGUGGCUUUCCCACCCAGUGCCUUGUGAGCAGCCUGUUCCACUCCUUGAGGGUCUCCCAGACCCCAGCAGGGUAUCCUCCGAGGUGCAGCAGAUGUGGGCGCUGACAGAGAUGAUCCGGGCCAGUCACACCUCCACAAGGAUCGGCCGCUUUGAUGUGGAUGGCUGUUAUGACCUGAACUUGCUGUCCUACACUUGAGCCAUGGCUCUUAGCCAAGACAUUGGCCUUCCAUGCCCACUCAGGCCUGGUUUGGGCCGUCAGAGGCUGAAGUCCUUUCCAUCUGCAUUCCAAGUGUUGCCUGCAUGCCCAUUCUGUCUGGGCCACGUUCACAGAUUCAAGAUUCUUGGAGGUUGACUGUAUUGCUUCAGCAUGAGGUCCUGGUGGGAGUGUCCUCUGUCCUCACCUGACUGCAACCUGAAAGUCUACCCUAAAAACACACCAGUUCUACUUACUAAGAAUCCCCAUGUACCAUCUACCUCUCCUGCCAACAUGCACACUCCUGUCAUCUGCCUGUUUCUCACCCGGAGUGCAGUGGGCUGGGGUGACCUACUAGAAUCUAGUCUAUGUAGCCUUGGAAGGCUGCUAUAGCUGUGGCACUCUUGUAGUUUGGAAGCUUGAAGGAGAAACAAGAGCCCCAUUUCUUCCUCUUGCACCCCCUAGUGGUCUUCUUUCCCUUUGUGUUAUGCCCACAAAAACAUUUCCUGUAUCAACUCUUCUGUUGCCUGCUUAGGGAUCAAAGCUCCGGGUUUGGGCAGCCUGAGUCCCUCAGUCCCUGAGCUGGCUCCUGGAGUGUGCAUCUGACACAGUCCAAAACACAUCAUUGUCUCUUCUCCCUGCUGCUUCCUUCCAAGAGUCAUGCUCAGUACGAUAGUGUGAUGAGGGAUCAACUUUAGUGGGGGGUGGGUCCCGGUGAGGGUUCUCAUUGGUGUUUUUUAAAAGGCUUAGGUGCUCUACAAUCCCAGACCAGCUGCUGAAUAAGGCAGGCUGCUCUUCCUUAUGAGAAAAUCCUGUUUCUCUCUGGUUUUUCCUGGCUUUGCCUCUGGGGGCUACAGUACUGCAGUGUGUAUUGGACCUGGAAAAUCAGACGUUUGUGUGGCUCAACAGCUUCCUGGGGGAAGGUCAGCCAUUUUUUGGUGGCUGCUCUCUACUCUCACCCAUCAGAGUUCUUCCAGGUGGUAUCUUUGCCAGCAGCAUCAUUUACUUAGCCCCAUUCAGCUUUUGCUAAGAGGGUAAUGACCAUAGUCCUGUGCUCAGGGAGUAGUGGCCCUCAGUGUGUGUGUGUAUAUGUUGGGGGGAGGUCCCUGGGAUGGCAGGGACUGUGCUUCAUUCACAGCUGUUUUUUCAGCACCCAGCACAAGGCCCAGUGUGCAGCAAGAUGAAUAAAUACUUGUGGAAUGCA